AUGGAAGAUGUCGUAAUAACCAGAUUAGACUGCCUAAAAUUUUGUCAGACUGCAACUCUUCAGCAGAAUCCUAAUGCUACAAUAUUUGAUGCAAUUGAAGAGAUUGAGUUCAGUUCUGUAUAUGCUAAUGGAAGGGAAAGCCAUUUUUGUACUAGGCCUCACAUGAAAUGGAUUACAAUCAACCGUGAUUGUAUUUAUGCUGGCUGUCCUCAACCUUCACAACUCUCUAAUCUUUUUUCUGUCAUUUCUUCAGUACCUUUCAGGCCUCCUCAAUUUCCUUAUCCUUUUCAAACACCAGGCGUUGUGAUCAACCUAUAUGAUAUUCAACAAUUGAUUUUUCAAACUAUGGGUCCAAAUUGA